GCGCUGUGAAAAACUGUCACAGUAUGACGUUUCUAUCUAUUGCGCCUUUCUAUUGGUCAGAAAUUUUACUGUAACGGCCCACUCACAAACAUAAACAUUACUUUAAGCAAAGGAAACCUUAGCAGCUGACGCACAGUCGACCUUCUGAAUGUGAGCACCUUACUAUAGGGUCAGGAUCCCAGACUGACUACAAAAGGUAUACUCCUGGGAAGCGAAUGAAGAGACAUCGUUUGCAUCGCUUCACUUAUAGAGGACUAGUGAGAAAAGGAAAAAGAAGAAAAUGGCACAUUAUAAGUUGCGUAAAGCAGAGCCAGAAGAUGUAACAGACAUAUUGCGACUUAUUAAGGAACUUGCUAAGAUCGUGGAAAAGGAAGAUCAAGUAAUGCUGACUGAGAAAGAUCUUCUUGAGGAUGGAUUUGGUGAACACCCCUUCUACCACUGCAUCGUCGCUGAAGUUCCUGCUGAGCAACAGAAAGUUGAGGGUUAUUCAGUAAUUGGGUUUGCUAUGUACUACUUCACUUAUGAUCCAUGGAUUGGAAAGCUGCUCUACCUUGAGGACUUCUUUGUGAUGAAAGAAUACAGGUGUCUAGGAAUUGGGUCAGAAAUCCUGAAAAACCUCAGUGUGACAGCACUUAAGAGUGGCUGCAACAGCAUGCACUUCAUUGUGGCCCAGUCCAACGAGGCUUCGAUCAACUUCUACAAGCGACGUGGAGCCUUGGACCUCUCUCUGGCAGAGGGCUGGCGCCUCUUCAGAAUCGACAAACAGUGUUUGCUGAAUUUGUCAGCAGAGGAGUGAGGUGCCCUAUAGCACUGGAGUCCAUGGGAGGGAUUCGACACACCCACCUCUCUCACUACGUGUUUCCUUUGCUAAUAUACAUUGGGCAUUCACCAAACUAUUCACAACGUUAAUCAUCUUAAAUAUAAAUUGUAUUUUUGAGACUGACAGAAAGGAACUUAGUUUUUUUUUUUUUUAUUGAAGCAAUCGAUGAUUGCCUUUUUAAUUCCUUUGGUGUGUUUUUGGUUAAUGUCAUAUAGAAACAGGCAUGUGUUGUCAUUUGGUGACAUUUAAUUUAAUAAGGAGAGGGACAAUUAGAGAGUUAUUUUCACUUCUGUUUAAAUGUAACAGGUGAAAAAAAUCUUGUUUUUACGUGUCACUUGUUCACAGUUCCUGUUUAAAUUAAAGGCAACUUAAUCAUGCCUGAGUAAUGUCAUUGUAGGAGUAAAGCAUUCUCAUGUCUCCUUUGCCUUGAAGAGAAAUAGUUGCCAUGCCUGUUUGUGAAGGUGGGGGAAGCUGUUCAAUGCACACCCAUGGUAUCAGCUAAUAUUUCUAUUGCUUUAGAUCUAAGGGUAGGCACUACCUAAUCAUUACCAUGGUUAUACCAACUCUUACAACAUUCUAUGUUGAAGGUAAAGGAAUGUUAUGUUUAAGUAAACGAGCAUGGCUAGCGCAG